AUGCCGCUGGAUCACUGCUGCCUGCGGGGCCCCAAGGAGUCGCAGCCGUCGGAGGUGUGGGCAGCAGCGGCGGCUGAGGAGGAGGAGGAGGAGGAGGAGGAGAAGGAGGUGCGGGACCCGUGCGCCUUGCAGCCGCUGUUCACACAUGCGGAGCUGCUGAGCCAGGCUGAGGGCUCGGCCUACGUGGAGCUGGCGAGCGGCACCAAGGUGCUGUGCGCCACCUGGGGCCUGCGCGAGGCGGCCGCAGCGGCGAAGUGGUUGGUGUGUGAGUUCCGGCGCGCGCCCUUCGCCGGGCGUGGGAGGCAGGUGGCAGCGCACGAGGCGGUGGCGGAGCGUGAGGCGGCGGCGGUGCUGCGUGAGGUGCUGGAGGCGGUGGUGCGGCUGGCGCGUUACCCGUGCGCGCGCCUCUCCGUCAGCGCGCUGCUGUUGCAGGAGGGCGGCUCCGCCCUGGCCGCCACCGUCAGCGCCGCCACGCUGGCGCUCACUGAUGCUGACGUGGAGAUGUAUGACCUGGCGGUGGGCUGCGCCCUGUGCCGGCCGCCUGGCACCGCCGCCACCUACUGGCUCCUGCAGCCUAGUGAGGCCGAGGAGCGCCGUGCCACCGCCCUCCUCACCGUGGCCCUGCUGCCCUCCCUCAACCAGGUGUCGGGGCUUCUGGGCUGCGGCCAGGGUGUCCCCCCUGACAGCUGGGCCCAGGCCCUGUGCCUCAGCCUCGAUGGCUGCCACCGCCUCUACCCCGUGCUGCGGCAGAGCCUCCUGCGCGCUGCCCGGCACCGUGCCACCCCCUCCAUUGCCUGA